AUGGAAUCUAGAAAAAUGGUACUGAAGAAUUUAUUUACAGGGCAGCAAUGGAGAAACAGACAUAGAGGACAGACUUAUGGACAUGGGGAGAGGGGAGGAGAGAGUGAGAUGAAUGGAAAGAGUAGCAUGGAUACUACUUAUAUUACUAUAUUUAAGAUAGCCAACGGGAACUUGCUGUAUGACUCAGGAAACUCAAACUGGGCUCUGUAUCAACCUAGAGGAGUGGGAUGGGGAGGGAGGUUCAAAAGGGAAGGGAUAUAUAUAUACACACACCUAUGGCUGAUUCGUGUUGAGGUUUGA